UUGAUCUGUAGUCCAGAGAAUCUAUCGAUAUCACUCUAAAACCACAAGAUCGUGCUUUAAAUCUGUCACAUUGUUGCGUCUUGAGAACACAUCGCACAAUCGUAUCUUUAUACUGGUUCUCCGUCGUGAAAACAUUCCAUUCAUAAAUUCCACACCGUCCAUAGGUUUCUCGAAAGGAGAACAGGGGGAGAGAGAGGUAAGCGAGAGAGUGUGAUAGUGGGGGGAAAGGUUCGGAAAGAGAGCAACCGAAAAGAGAGUUCGAACUUGGUGGGUCAGGUGGUGGUUCCAUGAAGAAGUGACAGUGGUUUCGAAUGUGUAUAUGGACGAGAUCGCCACGAUGACCGUUCCACCGACACUGCCGGCGAAGGCUCAGUCCCGGGAUGGGAGCCAGGUUGCCCGACAGACUGUGUCAAUCCGGACUGUUUCCAAUCCCACCACGGCUACACCGAGCACAGGGGCCGGAGCAACGGUAUUCGUCGGACUGGCCGCUCCUGGCGUUGAUUCCGUGGCAGCCUGUAGGAGAAGAAUCCCGGAAGUGCAAUCGGCGAACGGCUACGGUAAGCAGACCAGCGUGAAGUCCGUGGCGCAGAGCCUUUCGCAGAGCCAGCAACAGACUAGCCAGCAGCAGCAACAGCAGCAACAGCAUCAAGCGGCGCAUGUGGUGAAGAUCAAGAUCAAUCCGGAUGGUGACAAGAACGGCAGGGUGAUAUCGACCGUACGAUUGACUCUGGACGAGAAGGUCGGCCACGAAGUCGAGCAGGAGAACGGGAUCGCGUGCGAACGUUCGAGCAAGCGUGACGGUGGUGUGGUCGUGAGUGCGACGAAUCUGGUGAACGAGCAGCGUUGUGGAAGUGCCGGUGCCGGUGAAGGCUGUGUGAGGAUCAGUGUCGGUUGCAACCCCUUCGAACGCAACAACAACACCACCACGAAUAACAACAACAACAACAACAACAAUCACGAUAAACACGAUCGUAACAACAGCACGGAGAAAGACAUGGUCCACCGCAACACCCCGGAUACCCUAAAUACCUCUGCCGACACACGGUCGAACACCUGCUUCUAUUAUAAUUCGUACCAGAAUCCGUUAACCGGUAUGGUGAUGUCCAGCGGACAAUGUUCGCCCAGCGACACCUUGGACAGUGGUACCUGCAGUGAUCUGGAUGGCACGCCGCCGCCGCUGCCCAAGAAGAAGAACGCCAGCACGGUUCUCCUAGCCAGCGAUCAGCAUAAACGUACGGGGAGUUUGACCAGCAGCGGCGCGGAAGUGGACAGCGACGAUAACGAGAGCAACAUCAGCUGCGACUCUUUGAAUCCGGGCGACCUAGGCGACGGGAUGAUAGUAGAACGAAACGUGAACGGGAGCAUCGAGGCUGAUCAGAGUCUGGACUACCAAGAGAUCAAUCGUCUGGAGAACGGUGUCGAUCACCGGAACGACACCGUUCUGAAUUUAAAACGACUAGACCCGUCGAACGAGAACGAGCACGAGGAACCGAUUAAUAAAGACCCCGCGCCAGCUGCCACGACACCGGAAGUCGACUCGAACUCUUCCUCCUCCAGAGGCUCGCCCAGCGUCUCCCCGUCACCGUCCGCCGCCUCGACCUUGUCGAAAGCUUCGUCCACACCGAGGAUCAGGAGUCCAGACUUGGACCACCAUAGCAAAGUCUCCUCCCCGGUGGUGAAGGAAUGCACCUACGAGGAGAGGAAACAGGAACAGGAGAGGCUAGAGCAGGAGUCUAUCGCCGGUGAUGUCGACACCAGCGUGAAUCCGAUCACCGGCAAGAAGUACGUCUACGAGUACGACAGGUUCUACAAGUUUCAUAUGAACGAACUGAAAGGGGGGAAUAAUAAGGACACCAGCAGGGGAUUGGUGCUAGGUGACAAGGAUACCGACGAAUGUUUCGCCGGUUACAAGAUCCUCGAUAAGGAGGCCAUACGCAGUGCCAAGGGGACUGUGCGCGGUGUCAAAAACAGGGUGCGCGCUGGCAUCGCGACGUUUCUUCAGAAACCAUCCUCCCAGCCAUACACACAGAAACUUCUUUUCCAGGUAAUAAUUUACACGACGACCUCUGGCAUUGUUAGGAAAACGUUCUACAACUGCAAGAAGGUGAAGCAGAUCCUGAGGACGCAUAUGGUCAAGUACGACGAGUUGGAUCUGUUCGGCGACGCGGAACUUCAGGCAGAAUUGAGGGAUCGUUUGGGGCUGAGCACGAUACAAUUGCCGCAGCUUUUCAUUGACGGACAACACAUUGGGGGAUUUGACACCGUCGAGCGGCUCAACGAAUCCGGAGAGCUGAGGGAUAUGCUUAAGCCUUACCAGAGCGAUGACGCGUGCACCGUGUGCCUAUUCUGCGGUGGCUACCAAUGGCAGCUAUGCCCGAUUUGCAACGGCAGCAAGAGGUCCGUACACCGCAACGACUUCACCGCGGAAUUCGUCGCGCUGAAGUGCGCCAAGUGCGACGUGAACGGUCUGAUUCGCUGUCCCCAUUGCUGAAGGACGAAGGCUCCACACGCAUCUCUUUCUCUCUUUCUCUCUUUCUCUAUUUAAGACUAAGGUGCUACGAGAAGUAAUAAAUUUCAUUACACAAGUUAAGGACGACGCGCUGACAGAACAGAUCCAUAUCUACGUUUCCAGCGCGAUUUUCGUCGAGCGUGUAAGCGUUGUCCCCCGGCUCGAAUUCCCUUUUCAUCCUACAGAUGCGGUUUCGGUGUGUUUCCGUCGUUUGAAAAUCUCCACUCACGGGGGGAAAAACGAACGAUUCGUAAAUUCGAGAUAAAGGGGUGCUUGUAUGCUCGACCUCGACCACUGAACACGAUUCGCAGAUACUAAUUGCGCGACCCCCGUCAACUGUAAAAUAACAGCUAAUAAAGCUUAUCUAAUGUUUUGUAAUAUG